UCGCCCGCCGACUCCGCUUGUGCUUGUGUGAUUCGCGCUGCUCCGUGCACCGCACUCGUGCUCCGAUCACGACGCGUGCCGCCAAGCUGUGGCCGCGAACGCGACCUCUACGCAACCGGCGAAACAUUUCUCCUAACUUACGUGCAACUUGUUAUGUUAUAACUUACGGACAUUUACAUCCCUUACCCGGCUUGUUUACCUCUCAUCAUAAUUGAGUCCCGCACCGCACCGGCUUGCUCGCUGACCGCCGAGCCGCUAAUCUCGCUUUUUUCGCGCCCCACCGUCGCCCGCCCAGAACCGCACCGGCCGCCGCCAUGCUCGCGCACCAAGCACCGCUCGCCCUCUACUAAACUAAAUCGUCAACAUCGAUCAGAACGCGUGUGAUAAUAAUAUUUUAAUACUUGCCUAAAUAAGCUUGCAACGUCGGUGUCUUUAAUUCUAACUUAAUUGUAAGAUUAAUAUUUUGUAAGUACUUAAUCGGCGUCGUCCCCGCGCGUUUAGCUGCGGUGAAGUACGCGAAUUGCGGGAGUGAUCUACUAGUGUGUGGUAGUGAAGGGUGCGCGAGUGCCGACAAUUGGCAGAAAACAGCAGUAGCAUUUUGCCAAGCAGUGUAAGAAGUGCAUGCUAAGAGCGCGCGGGCGCGCUCUCCACACGCGGCCUAUGCGCCGUACUCGCAUAGCGUAACUGCGCGCACAACUUUUCAACUUUGACUUCUGUGGCAACGAUGGCCACCAUGGUGAACAUGAAUAGCCUCCUCAAUGGAAAGGACUCACGCUGGCUGCAACUGGAAGUGUGCCGGGAAUUCCAGCGGAAUAAGUGUUCGCGACCUGACACCGAGUGCAAGUUCGCGCAUCCACCCGCAACUGUAGAAGUGCAAAAUGGAAGAGUCACUGCCUGCUACGACAGUAUUAAGGGUCGGUGUAACCGAGAGAAACCACCUUGCAAAUAUUUUCAUCCACCGCAGCAUCUUAAGGAUCAGCUGCUGAUCAACGGUAGAAAUCAUCUAGCACUCAAGAACGCAUUAAUGCAGCAAAUGGGUCUCACGCCUGGCCAGGUGCUCCCUGGCCAGGUGCCCGCCGUGGUGGGCGGUGUGAGCGGCACGGGCGCGGCCGCGAGUCAUCUCGCCGCGCUGGACCCGAUCUCUCUUGCUCUGCUCGCCCCGCAGGCAACUUCCCCGUACUUGUCAUCAGUGCCUGGAGUGGGUUCGACGUAUGCGCAGUACUACACACCGCAGCUGGUGCCUGCCAUGCUAGGGCAUGACCCUGCCGCAGCCGCUGCGUCGCCGCUUGGCGUCAUGCAGCAACCAGUGCUGCAACAGAAGCUCCCUCGUACCGAUCGUCUCGAGGUGUGCCGGGAGUUCCAGCGCGGCGCGUGCAAGCGUGCCGAGUCCGAGUGUCGCUUCGCGCACCCGCCGCCGCCCGUCGCGGCGCACGACGACGGCUGUGUCACGGUGUGCAUGGACGCCGUCAAGGGCCGCUGCGUCCGCGACCCCUGCCGCUAUUUCCACCCUCCCCUGCACCUGCAGGCGCACCUUAAGGCGCAGGCGCGCGGCGCGAUGGACAUGAAGAGCGUCGGAUCCUUCUAUUACGAUAACUUCGCGUUCCCCGGCGUGAUGCCGUACAAGCGACCCGCCGCGGACAAGGCCGGCGUUCCGGUCUACCAGCCGGCGACGACCUACCAGCAACUAAUGCAACUGCAGCAGCCGUUCGUGCCCGUGUCAUGUGAGUACCCCGCACCCGCGACGUCCGCCCCGCCGCCCGCGGCGUCGCCCGCGGCCGCGCCGGCGCCGCCGCUGGCGCUGCCCGCGGCGCCGCCCGCGCCCGCGCCGCAGCCGCCUCCGCCCGCGCAGCCCGCGCCGCCGCAGUCCGCCUCCCCGCCCGCCGCGCUCGCGGACGCCACGCCCGACCCCGCCGCCGUCGCUAAGGAGGUGGCCCACAAGAACUAUGCAGCCGCCAUAGCCAUCGCGGCGCAGCACACGGCGAUGGCGCAGGCGGCCGCCGUAUACUCACAACAGUUGAAGGCGCGCGCGUCCGGCAUGCCGGGCCUGAUGCGCGCGCCGCUGAUGAUGCGACCGGGUUGGCCGGCGCCGCCCAUGCAUAUGCCCACGUACUACCCGCAGCAGUACAUGUACACGAUGCCGCCGCCGACGCCGCCGGCGGCCGCCGCCGCCGCCGCCGCGGCCGCCGCUGCGGUGAACCCCUACAAGAAGAUGAAGACGACAUAGAGCGCGCGGGCGGCACCGCGGUCGGGGGGGCGCGGGGCGCGGGGUCUCCGCGUAGAGACUCGUACGUGUGCGACCGAGUGUCCCGCCCCGGCCUGUCGGGGCGGCUAGCGCUAGGCGUGUGGUCACAUUUGUAUUGUAUUGUAUUAUUGUAAGGACGAAGCGAGCGGACUCGCCCUCGCAGAUGUCUCGGUAGUUUUACGCUAUAUCUUAUUAUUGUGUAUCUACUCACCGUUUUUAUCCUAUGCGUGUAUAUUUCUCAUAUCUACGAUCCCGGUAAUAAUAACGCUUGAGAUGCAUGACUGUACGUUUUUUUAUUACCUCUUGUCGAUCGUCGUUUAUCGUGAGUACCUAUCGUCGUACUGAGAGUUGAGCGCUUGGUCCGUCGAUCCCGCUACGUACACGCUUGUUCUCGGAGGAGCUCCGCACGGGUGCGCUUUGGCCGAUGUGUCGAUCCCGUACCUAGUGGUUAUCGGCUUGCAGCAGCAGGCCCGCACCUAACACAGCCGCCUUCUAAUUUUCGCAUGGAAUAGAACCUACCACCCCUAUACGUUUGGCUCAUCAGGUAUUGUUCUCAUUAUUCUAGUGGCUCCUCGUGUGUGCUAAGUGUGCAGGCGUGUUCAUCAGUAGUGCUGCGAAGAUGACGAGCGUCGUCGCCGCUUUUUUUCUUUCGGUCGCACUUUCUUUUCUAUUUAUUUGAACGCUUUCUGUUACAUGCCUUCCGAAUGACCGCUUCGGCUGUCGUCCCCAUUACCAAUAUUUUGUCGCUUUAUGUGUCGGGCCGGACAGGCUGCGCGCCGCCCAACGCGCCCUAUGUGGUGUACACCGACGAGCGCGGACAGGUAACGAGUGCGCGUGCCUCCGCAACCUCGCCCUCGCCUCCACUCGCACCGCUGCCCACUCGACUCCCCAUAUUGACAAGCAUGAUGCUUAUUAACGUACGACGUUUAGAGCCGACGCUAGACGCUAGUAGACACAGCCCUCUUCCACACGCUUCCCUGUCACCGCGGGUUCACGACGCCAUACCGCGCUCACGCUCUCACCUUGAACACGCUACUAUCUGCAUAUCGCCUUUACCUACUCCAACUACUAGUUGCGCUUUUUAUCAGUUUACGUAUUCUGCAAUAAUAAUUAUCGUAACUCUUACAGAUUUAAACUAUUUGUAUCGACAACUAAACUCAUGUAAUAUAUUGGGCGUUGUACGUCUAAUUUCCGACUCGAACAUAAACUCUAAUCAUGAGAAAUCUUGUCCAUGAUUGGCAGUCUAAAACUUUUGUUUGAUUUCUACCAAACCCCAAAGAUAUUUUAUGAGUUAUGUCAAUACAAGUAAUUUAAAGAAAAAUGUUACAUUAACAACAACGAGGCUUGAUUUGUUUCGAGUUGAGUAUUUUAAAAUAAUUGAAAGAGAAAAACAAGCUGUUAAAUUGGCCUAAAUACAAAAGGUAUUUGUAUGUUAUAUAUAAAUAUCAAUUACUUAUAUAUUGAUUUUUUUACAAGUAUCUUAGACUAAUUUUGCAUAGUGGAUAUUGUUGUAAUAUCAUAAUAGAACUUGUCAGUAAUAAGUUCAGAAACAAUAUCAAAUGAAUUCGAUCUCAUCUCCUUCUACGCUAAUAGUAUUCGCUUGUUUUUAUUUUUCUUGCUUCAAGCGGGCUUAGUAGACUAAGCGCUUAUUAAUCAAACUACAAACAACACGAUCACAACAGCGGGCUAUUCACGGGACAAGGUGCGCUUAGUUAUUUAAGCUUUCCUAAUCGGCCUUACUACACGCACAAAAUAAUACAAAGUUAAAUAGAAACCGUAUAAAUCAAGUGAGAUAAUCGACUGAGCUGUGUUCUCCUUCAUUAUUGGAACAGCAAAAUUCAAGCCGCGUAAUUGUUACAUAUGAAAAACUAUCCCCGUGCUUUUACAAGAAAUGCCACCGUGAAAUUGUUAAGGAAAGUGAACAAAACACGCUGUGAAUGAAAAUCCCAGAAACCGAUGGCAUUGCUUAUCAAGAGUCUCAUGUGUUAUCAAUGUCAUCAUCACAUCAAUCAUUUUAGUCAUUGUGCUGUAAUUGUAUCAAUUAUAUUGUAAUGAACAGUUGAUGCUACAACUUGAUGAUUUUUAGUUUUGUAUAGUGAGACAUACUUGCUUUCAAAUGUGGAAGAAGUCACUCUACAGUAUUGCCUUGCUUACACCCGGUAAGAUACAAUCAGCUUUAUAUAAUAUCCUCAGUAUAAGUGAUUUCCUAUUCGAAGCCUAUAUUGAAACCUGCCAUUACUCAUUCGCAUGAUGUUGCAAUUAAUUAUAUUUUAAUUAAAAUUAAAAUUAAUUUUAUUAAUUACUGCUAGCAAUACAUGCUACUAAUACCUACUUAGUUUACUACCCGGCGGUUUCAGUAGAGGUGGUCUUAAUAAUUAAAUAACGAAGCCAUUUAGGUACUGCCUGCUAAUAAGUUGAUUUACAUUUUCACACUAAAACUUGUUUUUGCACGGAACGUUCAAUUUAUUUAACAACACCAGCCAAUUAAUUUUUUUCAUGUUAUCAAUUCAUUAGCAGGAAGUAUUAAAUUCACCUCUGGCCAAUUUCAACUGUCAACUACCAGCAAGGGGGUUGUUUUUGAAAUAUUUAAUUUAAAUUUUCACAUACUUCUUUCCUAUUUUAUAUUUAAAUGUUUUUUUGUAGUCGUUAGUUGAAAUGACAAUGGUGAAAAAAGAAAAAUCGAAGUGAUCACUUUCUAUGUAAACUAAUAUCUGUCAAAUACGGCAUAAUUCCUUAUUGCAUUAUAAAUGGUUUAAUAUUAAGUACUUUAAUUAAUCACUUCAAUUUUACUUUACAAUGCUUAAAGUGCUUCGCCGUUGCGGCUUCAAUUCCUCGCUUACGACUUGUCGAGGCCUCUCUGAUGCUUAUUUGAAGUGUUCACCGUAGAUGUAAUAAUAUACUUGGUUUUCUUUUGUUUGUCGUACAGUAACCGCACUCUCUAAUGGUCAUUAUGUUGC